CGUUAUGUUAAAGCCUGUUCCCGGGAACGCGUGGUUAUGAACGACUUGACAGUAGCUGAAUUGGAUAGAAAAUCUGGUGACAAUUAUAAUUGAAAGUGAAAAUGGAGUUAUCACAAAUAAUUCCGACGCUGACUGCUGCAGUGGAGACAAUUAUGAAUCCUACCGCUAGUGCUACAGAUAGAAUGUCGGCACACAAGAUAUGUGAAGAAUUUAAAGAGACAUCUCCAUUAUGCAUCAACUGUGGACUAGCUCUGUCGCAGAGACAGAACUCAUCAAUCGUCAGACACUUUGGACUUCAGCUGCUGGAACAUGCCAUCAAAUUUAGAUGGCAAGUAUUAUCAGCAGAUGAGAAGGAAGUCCUGAAGAGAAAUGCACUGGAAUUCAUUGCACAUGGGACAGCCAAUAUUCUGGAGGAGGAAUAUCACAUCAAAGAUGGAGUAUCUCGGAUCACAGUGGAACUCAUCAAACGAGAAUGGCCGCAAAAUUGGCCAUUACUCCUCAAAGACCUCUAUGACCUUUGUUUGAUGGGACCGACCCAGACAGAACUGGUCCUGAAGACCUACCUUCGUUUGGCGGAGGAUGUGGUGGUAUUUCAGACAAUUCCUGCUGCACGGCGGCGUAGUGUGAUGCAGGGGUUGACGGCAAACAUGGGAGACUUGUUUCAGCUGUUCAUCACUCUCCUUCAGCAACACACAGCUGAGGUGAAGGAGGACACCCCAGAUGCACAGCUGGUCAGUCAGUCAAACUGUCGGGUCAGUCAAGCUCUUUUGACCACUCUUGCUGGCUAUCUUGACUGGAUCAACAUGGACCACAUUUUCUCCCAGAAUGCCUUGCUGCUCCAAAUUCUUUGUUUGUUGCUUAGUAACAGCAAUCUCCAGCUGUAUGCUGCUGAAUGUUUACUAAUAAUUGUUAGCAGAAAGGGUAAGGUUGAAGAUAGAAAACCUCUUCUUGUUCUGUUUAGUGAGGACGCCAUGUCCAUUAUAUGGACAACUACGCUGGAAGCAGAGCAAUCAUCACAUAAUGAAUACUACUAUUUGUUCCUAAAGAGACUGUGUCAAGUUUUAACAGAACUCGGUAAACAGUUGUGUGCUAUGUGGGGCCAAUUGCCUGGGAUAAAACAGCCAGCCACCUUUGAGAAAUACCUUGAAGCCCUACUGGUUCUAACAAAGUUCCCCAGUCAGAUGAUCAGCUGUUUAACCCAGUCUGUGUGGUCAAGCUUCCUUCGUCAUGAGAUAAUCAGUGUUGACCCGUUAGUCCAGUCCUUCAUACCGAGGCUGUUUGAAAGUGCAACGAAAACACUACAAAAGGUUGGGUUUCCGACCCAGAACAAUUCACCAAGUUGUAAAUACUCCCGACUGGACCAUGAUAGCGAUGAGGAGUUCACCACAUUCUUCUCAAAAUACCGAGCUGAAGUAGCCGACACCCUGAAGCUGGCAGCUGUCCUUCAACCUGAAACUGCAUUCACAUUUGCUGGUUUGUGGUUACAGGGUAUCCUACAGAAGCCUGUAGACACAGGAGAAGGGUCAGAGAAUGGGUACUGUCGACUUUCCUCUCCAUCUUUCAUUGCUUGGGAUGCCAUGACAGUUUGUCUGGAGAGUGUCAUGUCAAGGGUUUUGUCUGCCAAGACUGCCCCAAACCAGCAGGAGGGUAUCUGUCUACUGGGCAAUGUUCUAGAAUUUAAAACAGAGGACCCCCUCAUUCUGUCCUCCCUGUUGUCCUGUAUAUCAGCUUUGUUUCCGUUUGUAAAUGGAGCCCCAGAAAAACUGCCAAUGGUUCUAGAAAAGAUAUUUUCUGCUGUGACAUUUAACUUGCCAGGCCAAACUAAAUCUACACGCAGUAAAGCGGUGAAGAAUGUCCGACAACAUGCCUGUUCCAUCCUAGUAAAGAUCUGUAAGGUCUACACAGAUCUGCUGUUUCCAGUGUUCGACAAACUCUACAGCCACAUACAGGUGAUCAGUCGUGACACAGAACAACUCUCACAGAUGGAGAAAUGUAUUCUCAUAGAGGCACUCAUACUCAUAAGUAACAAAUUUCACGACUUCACCAAGCAGUCCUCAUUUAUAGAGGAAGUUCUCAAGCCUGUCAAAGAUUUGUGGCUUUCAGAAGAAUUUAAACAAGCCUUUUGGUCACCAGAGAAGUUUAUGUCGUACAUUGGGUUGGAUCAGGCUCCUGUAGAACCAUCCUCAGCGGACACCUGUGGUAUCCAUAGAUCACAUAUGGUAUACUGUCUCAACACAAUCCUGGCCGUUCUCAAGAGGAGUAGAUGGCCUGAAGAUCUACAGGUAGCCAGUAAUAGUGGGUUUGUGAUAGGAGUGGUGGAGGAUGGAACCACGGCCCUGAGGAACCCCGCGACGACACACAUUAGUGUGUUACUAGAGAAUCUACUGGCCCUCACUAAAACUAUGAAUUCCACAUGGCAACCAGAGUGUCUGAAGUUACGACAUCCUGACUUUGAUAAGUCCUACGAUUUAUCUGAAUUUGACAGACUAGCUGCACUAGGCAUUCCCCCACCCUGUGUUGACAACACCAGUAAUUCCACCUGUCGACAGCCCCUGGAGAGGAUGCAGCUGUUUCUAUCGACCACCCAUGAUACAUGCUGUCACAUUUUAGGAAAUGCUGGCCCGUGUCUCGGACAGGAGUUCUACACCAUACCUAAUCUUACACAGUCCCUCCUUAGCUCCAUCUUGACCAAAUUGGACAUCCUGCCUGACUACAGAUUGAAGCCAAUGAUUCGUGUGUUCGUGAAGCCGUUUGUACAGAAUUGUCCCCGGAGGUGCUAUGAAAUGGCAGUUAUACCCCUACUGGCGUAUCUGUGUCCCUACAUGUAUGAGAGGUUGAGUGCCAAGUGGGCAGUAGUGAACCAGAGAAACAGUCAUCAGACAGAGGAAGGUAAAACAGAGACAGAGGAUGAAAAUCCUGAGUCACAGGAGGUAUUGGAAGACCAACUGACCCGCCAGGUGACCAGGGAAUAUGUUGACCUGCUCGUUACAAUCUGUCGGUACCGCCAAAUGAACUCGGACCAGAGUGUUGUAGAGGACCAGAUGAUGGAUGAAGAAGGAACAGAGAAUCCACCCAGUCAACAACAGCCUACCAAGGAAACCUCUCUCAGUGAACUCGGUGUUCUCUGUAUGAAAACUGAGGAAGUCUACCCUUCCAUUGUAAUGUACGUAUUUAACUCUCUGGCCUGGAAAGAUUCCACCAUGAUACUAAGGGCUUCCACUGUGUGUUGGCUUGCUGUAAAACAGUUGUUGGCCGACAAUAAAUUGGUUCCGGAGGCUGUGAAUGUGUUUUUCUAUGCUGUGCUGUUUGGUCUUCAGGUUCAUGGUCAGCAUGAGGCUGCUCAGAACGAUUUACUCCUGUUAGGGGUACAGAUGUAUGAACUCCUGAGGCCACACUUUCCCAAUUUAGCCAGUGUCCUUCUACAAAUCCCCAACUGUUCUAUGGAUGCUGUCAGGGCCUUUGAUGAAAAAAUAUUUCAGUCAAGUCCACAGAAACAGUUAUCAGAUAAGAAGAAGAAAGACAUCUUUAAAAAGCUGGUGACUGAUAUCAUUGGGAAAAGUGUUGGCCAGCAGUUUAAGAGAGAGGCACAAUAUAAAAAUCUCCCUCCUAUAUUUACAAUCAAACCAAAACAACCUUCUGUGGAUGAAAUUGAUUCUAAGGACUUGGGUCUCUGUAGCCUAUUUAAACCCACCAAUGGGAACUCGGCAGCAUCCUGAACGUGUCAAUCAUUUGAUACAAUGCAUUAUCAUCAUUGGUGCUAGAGAGGAGAGUGACCAGUGGACGAAGUGACCAUACAAAAGAACAAUUGGCAUGUGAUUUGUUACAAGGAUCCUGUGUAUCAUUACUGUUACUCUGAUCAAAUACAGGGACAUGGUACAUCUGAAUAUCUGAGCUGGUAUCCAUUGAUUGGAUUUUGUGCUGAAAGAUUCUCACAUGUGAUAUACUCUCAAAAGGUAAUCUAUCUGUGCUGGGAUACAGAGACAUACAAUGUAGUAUUCUGGGACUAUUGGACAGCUGAAGAUUUUUCCUGGUACUAUCGGACACUCCUUGGAAAAUUUUCAAGGUACUUUUGGGAUGCUCCCUGGAGAAUUUCCCUGGUACUAUGGAACAGCUGGAUAAUUUUCCUGGUACAAUAGGACACUCCUUGGAGAAUUUUCCGGGUAUUUGCCCACUAUUUGGGACAGCUGGAGAUUUUUCCUAGCUGGUACUAUGGGACAGUUUGAGCUGGCCUGAACCAAUUGAGACUUAUCUAAGGACACUUGUGUAUGCUUGAUAUUUUUUCUGCUGAUAUACCUACAGUAUACUGUUAUUGACACAAUGAUAUGUGCUCUAACAAGUUCUGGAUAGGAAGAUUCCAAUGAUCACAAUGAAAUCAAGGCCAUUUAAGUGUUGAAAGUUAGAUGUGUGACUGUUUCUCCAAUAAAAAGAUGUAGUUUUCAGUAUCCGAUAACUCCUGCAUAGUUUUGGAGAGUAAGAUACACUGCCUUUUAGUAUAUGUGCUCCUUACCCCUGGUAGGUAUUAGAUAUCUUGCCAGUACAGUAUAAGAUUCUUUAUUUAACUCUGAAACAUUCAGUAGCUGACCCAGACUAUGAGACACAAUGUCUUUUAUGUUGUACUGUAAAUGUGAUGUAGGUUUUUUUUUAUAUUAAGUUUUAUAUCCGCUAUAACAGGCUAACGGCCCUUCAGCUGACGAGCUGAAGGAUUGCAAGGCCAAAACAGCGGACGUGAAACCUGUUAAAAAAAUGACGGCUGAAUGUACUGAUUGUCUACCCUGAGAUGAAAAACCAUGAAAGCAAGACUGAUGGGUUAACUUUUUCCAGCAGUGGCAACAUCUAGAUUUGUUGUUCAAAGACUGUAAGUCCAGCUGGUGUCUGUACUGGCAAAGUGAACAUCUCAACAAGCCUGUUAUUUGUGGAAUAUUAUAUCCAAAAUGCAUGGCCCACUUGCUCUUGAAAAUUGGCCAUUUUAAAAGUUUCCACUUUGCUUUAUUUUGUCAGAAAAUACCAGUAUUCUUUCAAUCAAACCCUGAAAAAACAAACAAAGUUUCCAAUUUGCUUUAUUUUGUCAGAAAAUACCAGUAUUCUUUCAAUCAAACCCUGAAAAAAGUAACAUUGUAGUUUGGACAUCUCAACACUCCAUAUAUAUAUAGAUUGUGAUUUUCAUAUUUUUGGUGCAUGUUGGCCAGGGGUUAAAAACCUCAGAUUUAAAAAAAAUUGAUAUAAGAUCACUAGUUAAUAGUAAAAUUGAAACAAGUUCAGUUUUAUAAUGGACAUGUUUUCUUUCACUUAUUGGUAAGAGAGGUGUUUUUUAGAGAAAAAAAAUGUCAUAUUUAGGUAAAUUUUGAGUAUUGUUGCUUUUUCAAAAUUGGCCAUUUGUUUUCUAUCAAUAUUUAUGUGUCUAUAACUUUUGUAGGGUACUUACAUACUAUCGUUUUAUCACCAAAGAAGUUUAUUUAUAUUGGGGGGGAAGUAAUGAAAUAUUAGCAAUUUUGGAGUAUUUCAAUUUUACCAUGCUGACAAAAUGGGACAGACAAGACAAUGUUAUACACCGGACUUAAUGGUGAUUCUUGUUAUAUUAAUAUUUUUCGAACUGCUUUAUCAUAUAUUCCUCCAUAUGUGUGUAAAUGUAAAAUGAAAUGUUUAGAUGGAUUGAAAUCAUUAUAUAAUUUAGUGGGUGUUCAGGAUGUGCAAUAAAUAUUAAUCAUAUGCACAUAUGUAUCAUUCUUUUAUAUAAACUAUUGAUAUAAAUACAUGGUGAUAAUUUUUAAAUAAAAGCUCAAAUUAUCCUAGAUGUGUGAAAUGUAGUAGACAUAAUAAAUAAUGGAAUUAACUUCAACAUUGAGACCUGUUUCGAGCGUCAACUAUUUACUAAAGUCAGGCUGUUCCAUCUAAUGUGAUUACAUAUGUGUAUAAACAACAACCAAUCACUGCUGUGCUUCCAAAUGAUGACAUAUGCGCAAGGUCUAGUUGCUAUAGUCGGACCAAGUGGUUGAACAAAAUCGACUAGACAUACACAUUGUAACUUCUUGUUUUUCUACACAUGAACAUUACAUGUAACCAGAGUGUGUUCGCUUCUACAAUAGUUAGAACUUAUAUAUAAUUAGACUAUAGUCACUAUAGUAGACGCUUCAAGUAGGCCUGAGUGAAACAAAAUUAUUAUACUGCAUGAUAACUUGUACCAAUGUUUAAACCAUUUGGUGUCUUGUAUACAAUGUACUUACACUUUACAAUAGAUUUUCAUUUGUUAUAAAUGUCCCACAUGUACGAGAUCAAAAGGUGUCAAAGCAAUUAAAAGUUUCAUGUAUAAAGCAUGGGACAAGCUCGA